GUUUUACUUCAGCAACCAGUGGAUUUUAUGUCUGCUGUAUAUUCUUGAUUAAUAUUAAAAAGAUUAACUCGUAGUGACUUCAGGCAAGGUCACGUGUUUUUUAAGGCUGUAUUUCAAGAAACAUAAAGGAUCAAUACGCUGCAUACACGAUGACGGUCGCAGUUUGGAUGCACUUGCUGCUGUCCUAUCUGUGUUGCCAAUGUAAGAUCCAGCCCGCUGAAAGCAAACCUGAGUGGAUGAGACUGCAGUUCCCUUGUGAUGUCACAGCCGACAAUAACUCUAAUGUCCUAUUUGACUGUGGAGGCCGUCGACUGCAAGAAGUACCUGAUGGGAUAACCAACAAUGCAACUUAUCUCAACUUAUCAGACAAUUUAAUUUGCCAUAUUUGUAAUGACUCAUUAUCCAACUUGCUGAAUCUGACCCAACUUGAUCUCAGCAGAGCAAACAAUGACAACACGGUGAACAUCACUGUGAAUGCUUUCAAAGAUCUGACAAAACUGCGUGAACUGAGACUGAGUGGCACUGGUCUGGAGGAAAUUCCUGCUAAUCUUCCUCCCAGUUUGGAAAUCAUCGAGCUGAACAGUAACAACAUUACGUUGUUGAUCGGGAGCUUUGAUUGCUUAGCAAAUAUUACACAGUUAGUGUUAGCCAGAAACUGCUACUACAGCAAUCCUUGUAAGACAUCUGUUAACAUGGAAAACCGUUUGGAAGUAAUGAGCAAACUGAAGCAUUUGGACUUGUCCUAUAACAACUUAACUGAAGUUCCCAAAGGAUUCCCACAGUCAUUAGGCGUGUUAAAGCUGGAUCAUAACAGAAUAAAUCACAUCCGUGAUGGUUUUCUUAUGCUUCCAAAUUUAACAGUCCUGAAAUUAGAAGGGAACUGUCCAAGAUGUGAAACACCUCCACAUCCCUGUGUCACCUGUCCAAAAAAGUCUCUUGAUAUUGAUCCUAAUGCAUUUCAAUAUCUAACCCAGCUGGAGAUACUGAAUAUGGGAGGAAACUCACUGAAACACCUGGAUCCUUCCUGGUUUAAGAGUCUGAACAAACUUAAACAAUUGUUCCUGAUAUUUAACCUCUUAUUUAAGGCAAUUACUGAGGAGGCAACAUUUCUGAGACAUCUUCCUAAGCUAGAGAGACUUGAUAUCUCUUUCAACUAUGGUAUCAAGUUAUACCCUACACAAUUAAAUCUCUCAGAAGAGUUUUCAAAUCUUAAGUCCCUUCAAAUUUUUCAUUUGCAGGGAUUGGUCUUCCAGAGUAUUGGACCGGAGACGCUCAGACCUCUGUACCAACUCAAAAAUCUCUCUAUCAUGAACUUAGGGACAAACUUUAUUAUCCACUCCGAUUCCACUGUAUUUCACAAAUUCCACAACCUGAAAGUGAUGUACCUCGCAGAAAACAAGCUUUUUCCCACUCCAGAUAGAAAUCUGCUUGAUUCAUCAUGCGGUGGUUACAAUCAGAGGUCCGAACUUUCUAUUCCUCCGCUCACAAUUCCCCAUCCGAGUGAUUUUGUUUAUGAGCACGUGAAGAACCUUGUCAAGGAAGAGUGUUUUAACUCUGGACGAGUGCUAUCUCUCAGCUCAAAUAAUAUGUUCUUCAUUUCUCCAAAGCAGUUUGUUGGCUAUGAAGACAUUGCAUGUCUUAACCUCUCAAAAAAUGGAUUUUCAGCAGCACCUAAUGGUACAGAGUUUUCACUACUGCAUAAUCUAACAUACCUGGACCUGUCAUUCAAUAAGAUUGAUUUGGCCUAUAACGAAGCCUUCAAAGAACUAAAGAAACUACAAGUGCUAGACCUUAGUUACAAUGAACACUACUUUGAAGCGUACGGGGUAACACUUAAUUUAAAUUUCACACAAAAUCUUCCUGCUCUGAGGGUGCUGAAUAUGAGUCAUAACUCCAUUUCCAUUCUAACCACCAAACAGAUGUACAGCUGUUCAUUAACAGAACUUCAGUUUACAGAUAAUCUUCUGGGGACCCUUUGGAAAGAAACAGAUCACUCAUACGAGAGCAUUUUUACUAAUCUUAUUAAUUUGACAAUGUUAGACAUAUCUAGCAACCACAUUUUAACACUUCCAGACUAUGUUUAUGAAUAUUUGCCACGUAACCUCACCAUACUACGCAUAGGUCACAACUUGCUUACUGAUUUUAAAUGGGACGGACUCAAGUUUUUCCAUCAACUUCAGAUUUUGGACCUGAGCUUCAAUUCUCUACCUAAUGUGACAGUUAUAAACUCAAACGUAACCCGCACUUUGACUUUCCUUGACCUGAGUCAUAAUGACAUUUUCCACUUGGACAGUGGAUUUGUAAAUGGUGCAAAACAGCUUACAGCUCUUAGCCUAAGCUACAACAAACUGACUAUUAUCAAUGAAUCCACCUUCCCAUUGAGCCCUGAAUCUCAGUUUCACACUUUGUUCUUGCAAGGCAACCCGUUCCAAUGUACCUGCGAUGCACUUGAUUUCAUUAUUUGGAUGGAAAAAAGUAAUGUAAAAAUUCCUAGACUAAUCACUGAUGUGACAUGUGACACACCAGCACAUCACAAAGAUAAAGCUCUGAUCAAAUUUGACAUUAGGGAGUGUAUAGAUGACAGUCAGGCGUUCUUGAUUUACAUUCUCACAAGUUCAUUAAUUAUUGUUUUUAUGUUUGUGGCAACAGUUUCCCACUUUUUUUACUGGGAUGCUUCCUACGUGAUGCACUAUAUGAAAGCUAAGAUAAAAGGAUACAGAGCCUUUAACUCACCAGGCGCCAUUUAUGAUGUCUUUGUGACUUACGACACCACAGAUCCACAUGUCACUGAAUGGGUGAUGAGGAAUCUGCGAGUGAAACUGGAAGAGGAAGGAGAGAAGCAUCUUCCUCUGUGUCUUGAGGAGAGGGAUUGGACCCCCGGCGCCCCCCUGGUAAAUAACCUCACUCAGAGCAUCCAGUACAGUCGCAAGACCCUGUUCGUCUUGACAGAGGGCUACGUUAAGACCGGGGUUUUCAAACUGGCAAUGUAUCUGGCCCACCAAAGACUGCUUGAUGAGAACCUGGAUGUGAUUGUGCUGCUGAUGCUGGAGCCCGUCCUGCAGCACUCUCACUUCCUGCGCCUGAGGAGGAGGCUGUGUGAGAAAAGUGUUGUGGAGUGGCCGAGAACAGCUGCUGCUGAGCCCUGGUUUUGGCAAAACCUGAGGAAUGUGGUCAGAGUGGACAACAAGUUGAUGUACAACAAGAAAUAUUCAAAAUACUUCACCAGCAAGUGAGCCAAUGACUGGGACAGAUCUGUAUAAAUGUGGACAAUUAUAUUGGGAAUAUGUUCAACUGUUGCUCUGAUAACAUGGUCCUUCACAACUGUUACCACUCUCCUUGGGCCUCAAAUGAAGACAAAUAAAUACCUUUGAUAUUUUUAAUCUGUAUUUAAAAUGAUACUUCAUGUCUUGCUAUUACCCUGUGUAAAUAAAUAUGUGUGCCUGUCUGUUA